GAUUUCGAAGUAUUCCUGAUACUCAAACUCUCAUCGUAUCGUAACAACCAGGAACCAGCAGAAAUCAUCGUCCAGCUCAUAUUUGCGACAACUGCAAUCGAUCAUGUUGUCCUACAAAGAGAGCAAUUACAGAAAAAGAAACUGGGAUAAGACUAGUGGGGCUCGUGGGGCUCGUGGGGGCUUCAGGCAAGGUUCAGCAUCUCAUGUUCUGCCGCCAGUAUCAGAUAAGCCUUUUGGACCAGAGAUCGACAGCAUCGAUAUAUCAACUCUGUUGAUUGAAGAAAAUGCUCCCAUUAUUGAAAAUGUCAACUAUGUCGCCUCUUACAACUGGGUCGAUGGGAAAAGUCCCAUAAUUCUUGUCCCAGGCUCCCCUCCAGCUUGGUCUCCUCCUGCUCAAGAUGAGAAGCUUUCCGAAGAUAGCGGAGCCGUAUAUCGCGACAUCAAUGCUGCACGAUAUCCUGAUUAUCCCAUGGAGCCCGUCGUUCGAUCACUUUUGGCCCUUGAACCGGAUUUUAAUCUGCAGGCUGUAGAUCUGGUGGCAUGCGGGUCUACAAUUGGAAAUCUUCUACGAUUUGCAGGCUCACUGGAGAUGCCAUUUCGAUUUGAUGCAGAUCUCGUCGGAGACACUGUUUUCUUCAUCCGAAAAGGAAAAAGCCCGACGGAAACCAUAGAGGAUCUCCGAGGCUACGGCCAUACGUUUCCAGAACGAUAUACUACAUGGGACAGAGAUGUGGGAGGCUCCUGCUCACAUCAACGCAUAAUCGAAUAUGAUUUUGUAGACCUUCAUCUUUUGGUUCGUAGCGAGACCGAUGGGUAUCUCAAGGAGCCAGAGCCACGUGCAUCUGCUUCCCCAAAAUCAGGGGGGGGAGAUGCAAAAACAUCAAUAGAUGAAUUGUUUACCAAGCUGGAAGUCGGUAAAGCCACUGCGACAACCAAGAAUUCAAAGCUGGACCUACGAAUGCAAGGCGUCAAAAAGCCCCAAAGUCAAAUUUUUGAUAUGAAGACUCGAAGUUGCUUCAAAAUUUUUGACAUAGAAGAAAUUCUUCCUCGACUCUGGGUGAAUCAGACUCCCAACUUCUUGAUCGCCUAUCACAAGUCCGGGCUCUUCAACAACCCGCAAGUAUCAGGCGUCAAGGACAAGGUUCUGGAAUGGGAAAAGGGACAUGCUACUUUGCUGAGCAAAUUUCACGUUCUUCUAAAGAGAAUCAUAGAGGUCAUGAGAGAUUCCAAAGAUCAUCGCGUGGAGAUCAGCUGGGAUGGUAAAGGUCCGCUGCGUGUGACGAAGCACAUCGAGGAAGGAAAUCGAGUUCUCCCAUCGGAUUUGUUGCAAGAAUGGGACGACUUGGACUAGCUUCACAUUCAUUUUUCUCUUCUCAAAGUAGAUUAACGAUUACAAAAUCUCUUUAAGUAGGUUCCUUUCUAUAUCUUGGAUUGAAACAACUUCAUUUUGUUCCCUCAAUUCCAUUGGUUGUUCUAAUUUAUUUGAGGGGUUGAAAUUGUUUGAGAAUUAGGGAUAGGGUUUUGUCUAACUGAGCUGUCACGGUGCUUGAGGUUCAGCAUAGGUUCUACAUAAUGAUUAUGCGUAUUUUCUUGACUA